UGACUACUUGAUUGGAAAUAAGCUGAAAACAGCAGUCAGGAAGAAACGCCGAGCGAGAUUUUGGUAGCGGAGGUCGUGGAUUUUUGCGUAAGAUCAGCCGAAGAAACAAAAGAAACUGAAUGUUUUACCUGUGAAGUUGUGCGUCAGGUGCUAACCGCAACUUAAAGUGAAAAAAGAAGCAUCAUGGAGGAGGACUGCAAGCCACUUUUGGGCGAAGUGCGAACCGGUGAGAGUUAUUCACACGGAGGCUCCACAGACUCACUGGACUACAAAGGGAAAAGGCCCUUUUAUGUGGAGCCCAGGAACAUUGUGGAAGAUGUGUCGCAGGAGAGGGUAUCAGCCGAGGCUGCCGUGCUCAACAGCAGAGUUCAUUACUACAGCAAACUGACAGGCUCCUCUGACAGACUGCUGAGUCCCCCAGACCAUGUUAUCCCCAGGCAGGAGGAGAUCUACAUCUACAGCCCGCUUGGGACUGCCUUCAAGGUGACAGGCAGUGACCACUCCUCUAAAAACCCAAGUAUUGUCACAAUAUUUGCCAUAUGGAACACAAUGAUGGGCACGUCUAUCCUCAGUAUACCAUGGGGUAUAAAGCAGGCUGGCUUCACUCUUGGGGUGCUCAUCCUCAUCUUCAUGGGCCUGCUGAUGCUCUACUGCUGCUACAGAGUGCUGAAGUCACCAAAGGCAAUACCCUACAUUGACACAUCAGACUGGGAAUUCCCAGAUGUGUGCAAGUAUUACUUUGGAAAAUUUGGCCAGUGGUCCAGCCUGGUCUUUUCACUGGUGUCACUUAUUGGCGCUAUGGUGGUGUACUGGGUGCUCAUGUCCAACUUCCUCUACAACACAGGCAGAUUUAUCUACAACUAUGCUCACAACAUCAAUGUGUCAGAUACAGAGUUUGGGACAAAUGGCUCAGAGAAAGUGAUCUGUGAAUAUAGGGGUACUGAUCCGGCACAUAACGACAGCCUCGGCAGCCUGUACCUGGGUGACAGCGGCAACAGCACGUCAGAUGUAGCGCUGUUUGACGUCUGGUGGAACAAGACCAACACCGUCCCGUUCUACCUCAUCAUCCUGUUGCUGCCGCUGCUCAACUUCCGCUCGGCAUCCUUCUUCGCCAGGUUCACCUUCUUGGGCACCGUAUCCGUGGUCUACCUGAUCAUCCUGGUCACUUACAAGGCGGCUCGCCUCGGCUUCCACCUGGAGUUCCACUGGCUUGACUCGACUCUGUUUUACGUCCCGGAGUUCAGAGUGUUCUUCCCUCAGCUGACAGGUGUUCUCACUCUGGCCUUCUUCAUCCACAACUGCAUCAUCACCCUAAUGAAGAACAACAGGAACCAGGAGAACAAUGUGCGAGACCUGUCUGUGGCUUAUCUUCUAGUAGGGUUGACCUACCUGUAUGUGGGAGUGUUGAUCUUUGCAGCCUUUCCCGCACCGCCGCUCUAUAAAGACUGCAUUGAAGCAAACUUCUUAGACAACUUCUCGAGCAGUGAUGUGUUGGUGUUUGUGGCUCGGACCUGCCUAUUGUUCCAGAUGACAACAGUCUAUCCUCUGCUGGGAUACCUGGUGCGAGUUCAGGUCAUGGGACAGGUCUUCGGCAAGCACUACCCCAGUUUCUUCCAUGUCCUGACACUGAACAUCUUAAUUGUUGCGGCUGGUGUCCUCAUGGCCAAGUUUUAUCCCAAUAUUGGAUCCAUCAUACGGUAUUCUGGUGCUAUGUGUGGCUUGGCCUUGGUGUUUGUUUUCCCUGCCUUGAUCCACAUGAUCUCCCUGAAGCGGCAAAAUGCGCUCCGCUGGCCAUCUGCGUUGUUUCACAGUGUCCUGAUCCUGUUCGGGGUGGCGAAUCUGCUCGCUCAGUUCUUCAUGUAGACACAACUUGACUGUUUGGAAACAUCUUGGGAUGCUGUCUCCCUUCCACUUUCAUAAGCUUCACAUAGGUCAGCAUGGUUCACUAUGCCAAGCUUACUGUAGAGAAAGAAAAGGAGUGUCAUACUUGCAGUUUGUUAAGGCUCCUCUCUCAGGGAAAUGUUAGAAAAUAUCAAUAGUAAACAUAUUUCUACACACCUUUGGUCAUGGUUUGAUAGCACCUUUUUAGUUUCUUUAUGACAUUCAGCUUGCAUUUUUUUCUGUGGAUGCACAUUCCCCACAGAAAUUAUUUCUAACAAAAUACUGGUAAUUACUUUUUAAUUAUUUUAUCUUAAUGGGUUUGAUUUGCUCUGCAUGUGUAGGUACAGUUGGUUAUCUGUACCUUCUAUGUCUACAGCUAUCAUGUUGCAAAUAGAUUUUAACACACCAAGGUACAUAAAGGUACCAACCUGAGUCAAAUAUGAACUAUGCAAUUUUAUGUGUAUUACUUUAAUUCUGCUUGUAGCUCUCUGGUAUUUGUAUGGCUGCUGCUAGAUUUUAUGAUCAUAAAGAAGGGUUACAGAAAUAAUAAAUUUCUUUGACAUGGACAAUAAAAAGGGAAAAAAGGGCGAACAAUAUAAAUGUUCAGCUUAUGUGAAACUGUACUGUUGAAAUAGCUGCUCAUAAUAUAAUAAAAACAAAUUUUGCUGAUCAGA